AUGGUUGGAGCCACUCCCACUCCCAACGUUGGAACGCUUGUGCUAGAUGCUGGGCCACUACUUUCCCUAACGCCUUUACGAGGCCUGGCUAGUCGAUAUGUUACCGUCCCUCAGGUUAUUGCAGAACUCAAGGACCCUCGUGUUCGCGAACACCUCGAGAGGCUGGAACUGACGUCUGGUAUCAAACUCGAGGUCCUCAACCCUGAUGCGACUUCAUUGGCCAAGGUAACCGCAUUCUCCAAAAAGACUGGAGACUACAGCGUGUUAUCUGCCGCAGACCUGAGAAUCGUGGCUUUGACAUGUUCCUUGCAUGAGAAAGUUACUCAGCCUGAUGCCACUUUGGAUGCGCAGGCAGCUACAACAUCUGAGGCUUCGGCUGAGAGCAAUUUGACGGAGCCGAGGUCUACGGAUAUGGCUCACGGCGAGCCGGAUUCGCCCGAGAAUACCAACAGAGCAGAGGAACCCCAAUCUACCAUUGAUCGCUCCGAGUCGACAGACGAAGAAGCACCAGAAUUCGAACGCCUACCCUUGGAUGCAGAAGUCGACACGCACCCAAACACCAAGCCUAAUGAACAAGUCCCUGCCCUACCAUUAUACGAGGACCCGCCCAGCGAAGACGAUGGCGAAGGUGAAUGGAUUACGCCUGAGAAUGUAUCCAAGCACAAAUCGCGAGCUGUACAGUCAUAUUCUUCGGCUGACAAUAAGCAAAAUGAGAAAAAAACCAACAAGGUUGUAUCUCCCACGAAGAUGGAUGUUGCAUGCAUGACCGCUGAUUAUGCUAUGCAAAACGUGUUACUUCAAAUGGGCCUGAACUUGGUGGGAACCGAAGGUCGACGCGUGGCAAGCGUGAAGAGCUGGGUACUAAGGUGUCACGCAUGUUUCAAGAUUUGUAGAGAUAACACGAAGAAGUUCUGUCCGACAUGUGGGAACGCAACCCUACUUCGUACUUCGGUUACGACCACUGGGCCGGGUGCGGACGGGUCUGAGCCUACCUUUCAGGUUCACCUAAAAAAGAAUUUCCAGUUCAAGAACCGUGGUACAAAGUACAGUAUUCCCUCCCCAAAACCUGGGGCAGCAAAAGGUGGUGCAGGAAGCACGAACAUCAUCCUUCGCGAAGACCAGGUAGAAUUUCAGAAAGGCGUACAUCAGGAGGCCGUCAGGCAGCGAAAGGAACAAAAACGGGUCGACCGAGCUUUGGCUGGAGGCAAAGGAACUGGCAUGAGUUGGGAUGACCCCGAUUGGAUUCCCGAGAUCCUGACUGGCACCCGUCGGCCAGGCGGCAACAAGGGCUCUUCUACUGGCACACCCGGGGACACCGCCUCUGCCAAUGGAUCCAGCAUUAAUACGCCGCUCACAAGUGUUCCCGGCUCUGUCAAUGCGAGCACAGAUGAUUUGACUAGCAUGGCUAAGCUUGCCAUUGCAACCGACCGAUACGGUCUUAUGGGCGAGAAUGGUUCGGGUAAAUCGACGUUCCUCCAGUCUCUGGCUGAACGAGAUAUUGAAAUCCCCGAGCAUAUUGAUAUCUAUCUUGUUCGAGGAGAAGCAGACCCUUCGGAAACAAACGCUAUUGAUUACAUCAUCGCGUCAGCUAAGGAGAAAGUCGCUCGGCUUGAGAAGCAAAUCGAAGAUCUCAGUGUAGCUGACCAGGUUGACGACCUCGCUCUCGACGCUCUUCACGAGGAACUCGAGGAGCUUGAUCCCUCGACUUUUGAAGUGAAAGCAGGAAGCAUUCUUCACGGUCUCGGAUUUUCUCAAACGAUGAUGAAAAAACCCACAAAGGAUAUGUCCGGUGGAUGGAGAAUGCGUGUCUCCCUGGCUCGUGCCUUGUUCGUGAAACCCCACCUUCUAUUGCUAGAUGAGCCCACCAAUCACCUGGAUCUCGGCGCGGUUGUGUGGCUUGAAGCUUAUCUUAGCACCUAUAACCAUAUUCUGUCACUUUAUGGACAGCAUUUGUACAAACAUUAUGGACUUAACGCCCAAAAAGAGUUGGUGUAUUAUGGCGGUAACUAUACGACAUACGUACGUACAAAGGCCGAAAACGAAGUCAAUCAAAUGAAGGCGUACCACAAACAACAAGAAGAAAUCGCACAUAUCAAGAAAUUCAUUGCCAGUGCGGGAACUUACGCAAACUUAGUGAAACAAGCGAAGAGCAAACAAAAGGUUGGGCUCACUGUAGUGGUAGUUCCGCCAUAA